GCGCUCUUCAAUCGCAAAGGUGGAAGCGGUCGUCAUAAAUGUCGAGUUGAGCAGAUUCAUUGAGUCUCAGGUGUCACCUUCGAGCAGCAGGCAGCAGAACAAGCGCAUCUUUUUGCGGCCACCAUCUGUUCUCAAACAGGCUGGAUUUGCGGCAGAAGGGGAAUAUUGGGAGAUAACAGGUGCACUGUACGGACUGCAGGAUAGUCCUGCAGACUGGGCGGUGUACAGGGACGAAACACUCCCUACGAUCGAGAUUGUGUAUCGUGGAAAGACCACCUACCUCACGAGAUCCAAGUACGAGCCGAACAUGUGGCUACUCUAUUGUCCCUUUACUUCUGAGCUGUUGGCUGCCUUGACAAUUUAUGUCGAUGAUCUUUUGUUGUCAGGUACCGCCGAAGCCUCAGAAGCUAUUUGGACUGCCAUAAAGGGGAAAUGGAAGAUCAGUGAGCCAGAUUAUGCCGAUGAGGGCCAUGCCAUUACCUUUUGUGGUUUUGAGAUUGAGCAGAAGUCUGAUGGAAUUCAUGUUGGACAAUCCAAGUAUAUUCAGUCGUUGCUUGAAAAGUAUCCUGAGAUUCAGGGCACUGUGAGUUGCCCGUAUGCAAAGGAGAGUGACAACAACGAUUGCAAACCUCAAGAUUCCAUCGAGAAACUGCGCAAAGCGCAAGCCAUAGUUGGCGAAAUGUUGUGGGUGGCAACACGGACUCGCCCUGACCUAGUGUUCGGGGUGAGCAGGAUUGGUCAGCUGAUCACGCGUGAUGUUGACCAGGCGAUUCAACGAGGAGAGGACAUGAUUCGGUAUCUUCGGGCUACCAAACAUCAGGAGCUGAUUUAUGGGAUGCCGGGGAUAGGACAUGGACCAGGGGAUCAAUUGCCUGUGGAACGAAACUUUAACUUGAUUGAGGUUUUUGCUGAUGCAAGCUUUUGUCCGGGGACGGAUCGCAGCCAGACUGGCAUCAUCUUGAUGUGGGGCAACGCUGAGUUACAAGCGUCGUUGGAUGGGAUGACAUUGGCGGAAGGUGUUCGUGUACGUGAACUUCUUCAGAUGAUGAGUGUGCAACUGGAACCAUCAAAGGUUGAUGGGGGGGAGUCGCAUACUAUUAAGAAAGCUGUCACUGGUGCUGCAAUGAAUCUUGGCUCCGGGGGAGCUGAAAAAGCAUUGAAGGCACUUACGGCGGCAUCCUUGUUGCAUGGUGUUGUGUCGAAGCUUGUUACGGUCCAAGUUGACAUCGAGACCGAGGAGAAGGCCCAGUUCGACUACAACAAUAAUCUGCUGAAGCUUGCUUGUGGUGCUUUGUUGUUAGUUGCCUUGACGGCGCUUGCGACGUGGAAGUGCGUGAAACAUGUUGACCCAAGGUCCGAGCCUGCGAGCCCGGAUGGAAGGGACGAGGACGACGACGAGGGUUCUAAGGGGUGUGGUUCCAGGUCUUUGACCAGCCCGGUUCCUCAGCGCCCUAGUGGUUCCUCAGACGACGACACCCUACAAAGGAGGUCCCUUGAAGGAGAAAGGUUGCUGGGAGACGGACUGGGUGCGUUCAGUGCUUCUGGAGAUGCAGGCCUUUCUGAGGGCGAUGAUGAACUACCACCUGGUGAUGAGCAGGAAGACACAGCAGCUGAACUUCAGUCAGCGCUGGAGCCCAAGGCGGCGGCUCGCCCGAUUCCUGUGAUAUAUCCUGGAUGGUACUUGAGGACGCCACCUCAAGAGACGUGGGAUCCUGAGCCAGCUUGGGGUGGACCAGAGUCGAACUUCCACCAGUCUAUUCCACCUCGUGUCAAGAAGGACUUUUGGCAUGUGGAUCGACGACGAGGCGUUGCGGUGAGAUUUCACGCUCAACCUCGCGUGAAACUUUACCUUCCUGGACCAUCUGGGUUGCCUGAGGGAGUUCAGUAUGCUCAGCUGACAGGUCGACGAAGAACAUUGGUUAAGUUCUCUGAACCUGUUGACUUCAAGAUCGUGUCAGACGAGUGGAAUACUGCUGAUCGCCCAACUCGGCAGCUGGAGCGAAGAUGGACUGGGAGAACAGAGUUUGAACUCCAAGGACCGCGAGCCGAGUGA